UUGCCUUAGGACUUCUCCACGACUGCUUUGUGUAGCAACACAACAGAAAAAUACCGGCCAGAACUUGGAGGAGGACCAGAGUCAGAGCCAAAAUGAGCAGAAGGUUGAACCCAGCUCUGCUGAAAAAAUGUUAACUGAAGAAAAGGCCAAACUGGAAGAACAACUAAAAGAAGUUACUGACAAGUACAAGCGUGCUUUGGCAGAUGCAGAAAACGUGAGGCAAAGAAGCCAGAAACUGGUUGAAGAGGCAAAGUUAUACGGGAUUCAGAGCUUCUGUAAGGACUUACUGGAAGUUGCAGACAUUUUGGAGAAAGCAACAGAAAGUGUUCCAAAAGAAGAAAUUAAGGAUGAAAAUCCUCACUUGAAGAGCUUAUAUGAAGGUCUUGUUAUGACAGAAGUACAGAUUCAAAAAGUGUUUAAAAAACACGGCCUGCUCAGACUGAAUCCUGUCGGAGCCAAGUUCGAUCCCUAUGAACACGAAGCAUUGUUCCAUGCUCCCAUGGAAGGGAAGGAGCCUGGCACUAUUGCAUUAGUAUCCAAGAUUGGCUAUAAGCUGCAUGGGCGUACACUGCGGCCUGCCUUGGUGGGGGUUGUGAAAGACGCUUAGCUGCUUAAUCUGAGAAUUUAAAAUGCCAUACAACUAUUAAACAGCUGGAUGGUUUUUCUCUUACACCACACUUUCCUCAUUCCUCUGCUCCCUGAGAGAGUUUAAAUGUGGUUGAGGUCUCCCACUGAAAAUGAAGCAACUGAUUAAAUUCUCCUGCUUGGUGGCCUUCGACAUUGCUGUUCCAUAAGCUCUCUUCUAAGUGUGAAAUACAAGAGCCAUUAGGCCCUCUAAUGCUUUAGAUUAGAUAACGUUUUUUUACAACUAUUGCUACCGAAGGAGCAUUAAGUUGAAAGGAACAAAAUGCUCACAAGAACUUUGCAAUCUCACGUUUAUCACUGUGUGUAGACUGAAAAUCCAAACAGUGGUUCAAACACUUCCUUUAGUUUUGUAGAGUCUAACAUUGCAGAGGUGGGUGAAGUAGUACAAAUAACCCAUCUUCUGCAAGCGUCCAUCAGCUUUUACACACUGAUGUGAUAAAUGCCCUUUUUUGUCCAUUCAGAAAUAAUCUCACUCAACAACUGAAAGCCUUGUGAAUUCUGACCUGUAAAUAAAAGGCAAUGGAGAGUAGUCAUCUUUUGUAAUUUUUCAAUCCUUUUUGUUCUGUAGUAACGUUGACUCAAGAAAACCAUCUAAUACUUGUAUGGCAUUGAAGAACCCAUAGAUCUUAUCCUAUCUCUGGAUUUUUUUAAUUUAAUAUUGUAUAAAUUGGUUUAAACAAUUUUGAUAGUCUUGUAACUUCCAAGCUUUACGAUCAGUUUGUUAUGCAAACUGUAAUUACAACCCUGCUGAAGGCCAGAAUACCCGAAGAAGCGAGUAGCUGAGAGUUUGGUAUAUACUGUCUUUUAGAAUUACAUAAAAUGAUUGCAUGUAAGUAAGUGGCUCAAACAAAAAUGUGAACUUAGAUUCAUCUUUGUUUCUCACAUUUACUCAGCUUGGAUUUUAAGUUUGAACAGAACUUCUCCCAUACGCAGCUCUCUUGCCAUGUCUUAACCCCAUGUGCUGCUCCCAGCCCUGCAGAAUCAGGCUAAAAUACAAUACACAAUUAACUGAAUGCUUUGUCCUCCAUUUGUCUGGUCACCUGGAUAGGCGUUGGAUGGAGCUUGGCAAAUGAACACAACUGACAAAGCAUCUCUCCUCUUGUAUCAUCAAAGCCCAUACACUUAACACGUAGGUCAGAAACUUCAAACGUAUGCAUGUAAUUAGGACCUGGUAAACAGGAAGUACUUCCACACUUGUUUCUGGUUGUCUUGGAUUAAGGAGCUUCUUACCUUAAGGUCAAGUAUUGAUUAUUUCUUUUUGGUUCAGCUGCAGAGUUGCCAACAGCUUAUGAACACUAGGCCUACUCAUGGUGAGAAGCAAUUAAAUGUGAAGACUGUUUUUCCAGUGCUGGUUUGCCUCAGGGGAAUUGAACAGUUAACUAGGAACAGCCUAAAUGCAUACUACUGUUUGGGGCUAGUCAUGUUUAAGGAUUCAUUCAUUCUUUCUCAACUCUUAAAGAAAAUCAAUGCUUUGACAGGGCAUGGGAGGGAGAAUAAUUUUUGGUGCAAAACUAGUGUUAAUUUCUUUUAAACCAAGUACAGGGAUCAAAAUGCAAAGAUACAAGUGUAAAACUACAACAAAAAGAGGGGGGGGAUUCCAUAUACUUAAGUUGAACUUGGAAGUAACUGCCUUCCAUCCAGUGGGUUAGAGCAUGCUGUAACUGUGCAAAGUAGAAUUGAAACUGUUUCAUUGCACUUUGACUGGAACCCAUGCUCAACUGAUAGGCCAUAAAGCGACCAGGGUCAAUUUAUAUACCUUUUAAGAACUGUCAUGUGUUGUUCUGCUCCCUCCCAACCCCUCUGGACCUAAACUAAAUCUAAGAACAACUUCAUUAGUAUAGAAGUUUUUCUAGGAGGGCGAUUAGAACAAAGGGACAGCUUCUUCCCUAGCAGAUUGAAGAUUUUGUUAAGGAGCUUCCUAGCGCCUCACAGAAACUGUCUUUUUUGCGUUAUAUUGCUUCAUUCAUGGUGUUCUUGAACAGAAGCUACUGUUAAACAUCCAGCACAAGACUCAAACUAGUAUCUUUAAAGCUGAUAACCAGGUGGUUCCUUUUCCUUGGCCUGCCCUUUCAGAGAGGCUUUCAGCAUGGAGAGCUUCAGCCUUUACUGAGCUCAAACCACCUGUGCACUCUGCCAUACAACAGCAAGAAGCACUGAAGAAAUCAAGGAACAGAGGGAGGUGGCUCUGAAAUUUAAGCAUAAGAGCAGCCAAGAAAGCUACCACCAGUACCUCUGGGUUUAGCUAUUUCAUAAAGACCACUUCUCCCCCCAUCAUCAUUUAGCUAAAAUGCAUCUCCAUUUGUUAUUGCAAAGACUUGAGCCAUUUUCUUCAUUACGCAAGAUACGUUGCCAUUAAAUCAAUAAUGGAAAGAAACUUCAAUACAAGUUUAUUUACCAAUAUACAAUGCAAAAACCUAGUGAAAUGCUGAGUGUGCACAACAUCAGUUAGGUUUUACAUAAUUUCAGCACAGGCAUUUGCGUGUCUGGCACGGCUACACCAGUACACUAUUCAAAUGAGUGCAACAUUCCCUUUAAGGAAGAAGCCGACGAGCUGAACAUGCUCACCAGGUACCUUCCUUCACAGUAUUUAAUGUGUCAUCACUUAAGAGCAACCGGGGCACAUGCAAAAAACAUUUUGCAAGAAGAGAGAGUAAACCGAAAGGCUAAUGAAGUCUGUUACAGUCGCAAAGAAAUUUGAUGCAGCCGCCGCACAAGAGAAUAAUGGCAGAGUGCUUAAUUUGUGUGAUUUACAAGGCAGUUCAUGGCCAGAGGCUCGUGCAAACCUACUAACGCUGUUCUUAAUGCUUGCUGGGACCGCAACGGAAGAUCGGGCAGGAGGGUCUGUGUCCAGAAUACUCUGUAACAAGCCCUCUGCACUGGGUAGUAUACACAGAAUGGAGGUUAAUGCUCCUAGUGAGCAGCUAUUACUGUAAAACAUCACUGGGACUGGACUGAUUGAAGUAAACAUACAGCAUUAAAACAGACUUACUGCUGCCUCUAUCAGUAGCAGAAGAUGAGUAUUUUGAACAGCUUACGGAGUGUCACUUUUCAUAGGCUUACACCAAUGCUGUUAGGACAGAUACUAUCAUUAGUAAUAGCUUUAAUUAGAAAAGUCAAGAGCAUUAAGCAUAUAAAACACCUUUUCAUCAGCAACAUGAAGGCUAGGUUAUUUGUACAGUACAGGAAGCACUUCCCGAUCAACACAAGAUACACACUGAAGAGCUCUUUGCCAUGUUUUCCCUCAGCCCCUUCACCACAGAAGAGAAGCAGCGUAGCUCUAGUAAAUUGCUGGAUUAACAUAACUGCAUCUCAACUUAAAAACAAACAAACAAACAAAAAAACAGCAGCUCAUAACAAAGGAAUGCUUAGACUAAAUCAGUUCCAUGUCAAAAUAUGGAACAGCAGCAUCCUCUAGUGCAAGUCACCUUUAAAAUUAAAAGCAUAGCUGACAGUGAGACAUUGCUUCUAGGGAAGCCCUUUCCAAGGGACUAGUAUUUGCUAAAGCAAACAUUUACCACCUUGAAUUUGCUUGCAAGUAUAAAAUAAAUAUUGAUAUCCAUAUUCCAUAUGUUAAAAAUACUUUAUUUUACAUUCAUUUUGAUGUUCAAUAAGUUACGUCUAGCACCAAAGAAACAUUUUGGAGGGGCUGAGGAAUUAAGAAACUACAAAGUGUAAAUGCAGAAUUCACGUCAACAUUUAAAUGACUCAUUGGUGCCUAGAUAUUCUUUUUUAAGUUAUUGUUCAGAUGGGCUUUAGACUAUUGCUUCAGUUAGACUUAGAUGCGCCAAAACAGUGUAAAAAUAUAAAAAUCACAAAUCUGAGGGGGAAAAAAAAAAUUAAAGAAAAACCAAUUCUUUUAAACUCCCAGCUACAUGCGGAGUUGAGGCUCCAGUACGCGAUCAGUAAUGGUAUGUUAUGGCAGUUAGGUAACAAGUUACAGGAAGAACCAAAUUGCAUAACUAGAAUACUGGAAAGGCUGAGCUUCCUUUCCACGGGAGUAGGACAGGGAAAAUAACCAAGGGUUUACACCUUAUGAACUUGUGUGCUGUUUGUACACGCAUAUAGGGUGGAAGUGGAUCUUAAAGCUACUCAGCACAUUGCAGUUAGUUCCACUGCUGCCAAGGAGAGACAGUUUUGUCUCGAGUAUUCCACAACGAGCCACUUACAGGUAAGCCAAACAAAGUAUUACAUCCACGAGGACAUAGCCCUUACCUUUUUUGAAGGGACAGAACAUCACAAGCUCAAAAGAAAAAGGCACUAGGGUUUUGGUUUUUUCUUCCUUAGAAAUGCUGGCUUUGUAAUUGUACCCCUUUUAUUCUAAACUCACUGGUAACACUGUUUUGGUAAUGCUGGAUAUAUUAACUAAAACCCACUUCCGACCAGUAUACCUCUGCCAAGUUGCAGAAUUAAUACUGUCUUAAGAUUUUGUGGUAUCCUCACUGACUACAGCCCAAAGCAUCAAACCAGCACGACGUUUCCAGUGCUUGCACUGGUUCUGAAGCCUGUCCAGUUCCAUGUUUUGGCACACCUGCACUCCAGAAGACCUGCCCAACUGGCCUCCGGUCACAGCGUCCUGCUCUGGACGUGACCAGCAGAAAGGCUUCGGCACAAGUAACGCUGUGCCGGCUUCCACUUGGCAACCACCAUUUUUUAAUCAUUUGAUUAAAUACCAGCAUGGGAAUUUAAGGAUGAAAUGGGCAUAAAAAUCCUUUUCUAGUCCUCCUUCUACAUCUUUCCCUUACUAAACCAGUACUGUGGAUCUGGCAUUUCUGUUAGGCGCUGCGUUACAUCGCCAGCCGGUGCCUGUCGCAAGGGCCCAGUUCAGACUGUAGUCAUCAGAGCUGUGAGGAGCUACCUCUCAAGGUGCUCUGUUCUCACUGCACCGGGCUCCUACCACGUCAGUAAUUCCAUCUUCAACGUGCUCAGCCUGGUACGUUUCAAGGUAUGUGCAACUAGAACCCUGUAAUGGCUUGGCUUACAGCUCCUUUAGCACGCUCAGAGCACGUUAGCUGUGCAUUUUCACCUAAUCUGCAUCGCUUCUCAUUUUUGCUUUUAAAAACUCAUCUCAGCGAUCACUCUCCAUUUGCAGAUCUCGCUCCCUACCGCUCCCCAUCAAAUUCAGAAGGAGGCAGCUCACCUCCUCAGUCCACACAGGCUCAGAAGUUACAGAUACCAGAGGAGGAGGAAUAGGCUCCCCCAACAAGAAGAAACGGUGAUUUUGCUGCCUGAGGCUCCCAACCGCUGCAAGACAGCUCACUGCCUAUUUUCCUAAACCCCAUUUCUGGCCCCAAAUUGGCCGCUUCACAGUAGUGCUGACCCCUCUGGAACAAAGCACCACACCACUCCUGCAACUUUGCUACUAAUUAGUUAACCUGGAAGAUUCAGCGGGGUCUUGUUUCAGCAAAAACUCAAGUCAAAGCUGCGCCCGGUGUGAAGGCAGCUCUCCAAGAACCCUUUCCACAGCCCAAGCACCUGAAGGCAUCUCGCCUACCACAUUUCUUUCCUUCCGCUCCCUGCUGUGGCUCUUCCCUGCUGUAUUCUGGACAGAAACUCUCACCCCGCUGUCCCAGCGCCUUGGCUGUAGUUACUAAGGAGAAUGUUCUGAACGCUUAGCAACGGUCACAAAAUCCCGGCUCACCGCGCUCCUGAGCACAGGACUUUUGUAAGCUUCACUUUGCUGCCAGCAUUAUGCCAAAAAAAACAAAACAAA